UUGACCAGUCCAGCAUGCUCAUGUCUCGUAUUGGAGUGGUUCUUUUGAAGGAUCUGUCACUAUGUAUGUAUGGUUCUCUCUCUGCUCUCUCUCUCUCUCUCUCUCUCUCUGGUGAAGUCAAAAAUGGAGUAAGUUACUGGCUCUGGCUGAGCAUAGCAGCUUGACCUGAUCACACCGAGAAAUUAUACAAGUAGCUCCUUACUUGGUUUAUUUUCCCCUUAGAGACGCACUAACCUUUUCAUUCAUUGAGUCCUAUUCUUUGAUUCUAAAAACACACAUUAUCUAAAGCCUGAAUUUUCCACUCCUUUUUAGCAUAAAGAAGAUGCCAAGUUCAGUUUAGGCCAUUGGUCUUCAUCAUCACCCAUCCACCGUCUUUCUCUUCUCUGCAAACCACCCUGAAAAAACACUAGCACCUAGAAACAAAAACCAUUCCCUUUUCUGCAAGAUACCUAAAACUGCAUAGGCCCUUUAACUUAUAACUCCCCUUCCUCCCCUCUCUCUCUCUCUCUCUAUCUAUCUAUCUAUAGUUGCAAGUACAAAAUGAAGUUCUUUUCCUUAAAGGAUCACAACCCAAGUUUAUUUUUAUUCAAAGUUCAACACUUCAGCAUAAGGGAUUGAAAGCAAAGUACUUAUAUUUGCAUUAGAGAUGCGUGGUCUUAAGCUCACUGAACGUUUCAAGAGCACUCAAGUUCAUGCUCUCAAUUCCUCUUCAUCAGAAACCAACGGUGGCAAUAGCAACAAAGCCUCAGUGGUUACCACCACCAAAUCUCAUAACAACCUUAACAGAAACCGAACUAUACUAUCAUCUUGGUCAAAAACCAAAUCCAGCACCAACAACAACUCAACCUCAGCAUUUGCAAACCUUGUCCCUCUUCAACUCCCUUCCACUGACACCAUUGAACCCUCCAUAGAACCUCAUGUUAAGCCCAUCAACCUUGUGGAGACCUUAGCAGAACUCUAUCAGCGCAGAGAGUGUUGUUCACAGUCCAAGAAAGCAUCACUGUGUGUGGAACAGUACUCUCUCUUGCGUAGCCUUGGUGACCAGAAAAUACUCCGAAGAUGUCUCAGGAUAGCAAGGGAGAAUGCUGAGGAUGUACUCUCCAAGGUUGUGUUGUCUGCAUGGUUGAGGUAUGAGAGGAGGGAUGAUGAGCUUGUUGGUGUGUCUUCAAUGGAUUGUGGUGGUUAUGUUCUUGAGUGUCCAAAGAAGAAUUUAGAAAACGGGUUUAGUCCUUGUUCAGUUAAUGAUCAAUGCCAGUGUCAGCAAGAGCCAAAUCAAGAAAGUUCCAUUGAGAAUGUGUGUUUGUCAGAUGAGGAAAGUGAUGUUUUGUUUUGUGUUGGGAAUGAAGAUAUCAGUUGUGUAAGGUGCAGGAUUGCUUCACUUUCUGAUCCGUUAAAUGCCAUGCUUUAUGGUGGGUUUGCUGAGUCCAAAAUGAGCAAGAUUGAUUUCUCAGGAAAUGGGAUAUGCCCCAAAGGAAUGAGGGCAGUGGAGUUUUACAGCAGGACCAAAAGAUUGGAUCUUUUCUGUCCCAUGACUGUUUUGGAGCUUCUGUCCUUUGCCAAUAGGUUUUGUUGUGAGGAGAUGAAAUCUGCCUGUGAUGCCCAUUUGGCUUCAAUUGUUGUGAACAUUGAAGAUGCAUUGACACUUAUUGAAUAUGGAUUGGAAGAGAGAGCCACCCUUCUUGUAGUGUCUUGCUUACAAGUGUUGCUUAGGGAGCUUCCUAAUUCUCUGCAUGAUCCAAAGAUGGUAAAAAUAUUCUCUAGUUCUGAGGCAAAGGAAAGGUUGGCCAAUCUGGGGUGUGCUUCUUUUUUAUUGUACUAUUUCCUGAGUCAAGUGGCUAUGGAGGAAAGCAUGACAUCUAAAACAACAAUGAUGUUACUAGAGAGAAUGAAAGAAUGUGCUAUAGAAAGAUGGCAGAAGGCCCUUGCAUUCCACCAAUUGGGGUGUGUGUUGCUAGAAAGGAAAGAAUACAAAGAUGCUCAGCAUUGUUUUGAGGAAGCAGUUGAGGAAGGUCAUGUUUAUUCUUUGGCUGGUGUGGCCAGAACUAAGCAUAAGCAGGGUCAACCAUAUUCAGCAUAUAAGUUAAUUAGUUCUCUCAUAUUUGAGUAUAAACCAGCUGGGUGGAUGUAUCAGGAGCGUGCACUGUACAAUAUGGGAAAGGAAAAGAGUUUUGAUUUAGAUGUUGCAACUGAAUUGGAUCCCUCCCUUUCAUUUCCAUAUAAGUAUAGAGCCCUGGCAAAGGUGGAAGAGAAGCAGAUAAAGGAAGGAAUUAUGGAGUUGAACAAGUUUAUUGGAUUUAAGCUCUCCCCUGAUUGCCUAGAAUUGAGGGCUUGGUUGUUUAUUGCACUUGAGGAAAAUGACAGUGCAAUAAGAGAUAUUAGAGCAUUAUUAACCAUAGAACCUAACUAUAUAACUUUACAUGGGAAGAUCAAAGGGGAAAACUUGCUCGAACUUCUAAGCCAUGGAGUUCAGCAGAAGAGUCAGGCUGAUUGCUGGAUGCAAUUAUACCAACAAUGGUCUUCUGUAGAUGACAUUGGUUCUUUGGCUAUUAUACAUCAAAUGCUAGAGAAUGAGCCUGGAAAGAGCCUGCUAGAGUUUCGUCAGUCUCUACUCCUGUUGAGGUUGAAUUGUCAAAAGGCUGCAAUGCAGAGUUUACGUUUGGCUAGAAAUCAUUCUAGCUCAUUGCAAGAAAGGCUAAUUUAUGAAGGAUGGAUUCUGUAUGAUACUGGCUAUCGCGAAGAAGCUUUGGAGAGGGCAGAUAAAUCCAUUACAAUUCAGAGAUCAUUUGAAGCUUUUUUCCUAAAAGCAUAUGUUUUGGCGGAUACAACUCUGGACCCUGAAUCUUCCUCCUAUGUUAUUAAGCUUCUAAAAGAAGCACUUAAAUGUCCUUCAGAUGGUCUUCGCAAAGGACAAGCAUUGAAUAACUUAGGUAGUAUUUAUGUGGAUUGUGGCAAGCUAGAACAUGCAAAAGAAUGCUACAAGAAUGCUCUUGCAAUUAGGCACACAAGAGCUCAUCAAGGUCUGGCACGUGUUUAUCAUCAGAAAAAUCAACGAAAAGCUGCAUAUGAUGAGAUGACCAAGCUGAUUGAGAAGGCAGAGAACAAUGCCUCAGCAUAUGAGAAAAGAUCAGAAUACUGUGACCGUGAGAUGGCAAAGGCUGAUCUUGAUUUUGCAACUCAACUUGAUCCCCUAAGGACAUAUCCAUAUAGAUAUAGGGCAGCAGUGAUGAUGGAUGAGCAAAAGGAAACUGAAGCAGUUGAAGAACUCACCAAAGCCAUAAAAUUCAGGCCUGACCUGCAAAUGCUUCAUCUUCGAGCAGCAUUUUAUGAGUCAAUGGGGGACCUAUCAUCUGCUCUUCAAGAUUGUCAGGCUGCACUUUGCUUAGAUCCAAACCAUGCAGGGACACUUGAUCUGUAUCAAAGGACUAAAAACUUGAACUUUUAAUCUCAAAAGUAUAUUGCAUCAGAAAGAUAAAAUGUGGUAAUACUGGUUAGACAAUUAAUCGGACACUCCCAAAAGACCAAGUUUUUCCCUCAAAUCUCACAGCAACCGCCUAAGAACAAAGAGAAUGGGAUGGAGGAUAUCAUAUGGAUUGUGGAAACAAAAACAGGAAGCAAUACUUUUUUGGAUGAAUCAAGAAAAAGAUGGAUGAAAAUGACGAAGUUAUGUGUUUAUAUUAUCAAAUAGGGAGGAUGAUUAAGAUAUAAAUUGUAAGAAUUUCAGAACAGUAACUCCAUUGAUAUGAUAUGUAUUCUUGUGAGUCAUAUUUACAGAAUUUGUCUCACGGUAUUUAAACGUCCUCUUGUACAGUUACAAGGUUAUAAAGAGAUUCAUACCACUUGAUUCCUACAAUGUAUAAUUCAUUUCCUGCACUUUUUUCUUUUUACUAAAAAUAAAAUUAAUCUUCCCGG